CACGACUUCUAUCGGCCUCGGCCUCGGCCGCCUCCACUCGUUCCACUUACUUCAGAGUCGCGACCCUUAACUGCAACUCCUGCAUAACCGCAACUUGCGUGACUGAGGGAGAAUUGUGGUGGAGUGGCCACAUUUUUCGAUCCGCUACCCUCCUGUGACUCUACCUGUCGAUGAACGCCCGCCACCGCCAACAUGCCCGCCACACGGCCAAGGGCAUCAUUCGAGCCCAUACCCCCUGAUUUUGACGUGCGUACGUUCGUGGAGACUGCGGACAACUUCCAAUAUGUAGACCGAAUCUCGUAUGAGAUGCUGGCUAGUAACGGCAUGGAGCAAUUCGAGAAGCUUGUACUGCUUCACGUAAUUAUAGGUGGCAAACCAUUAGUCAUCGACGGUUUCGAGGAGGUAUUGGAUCCAUGGGCCUUUACACCCUCGUGGCUACGCGACAAUUAUGGCGAUAAGGUUGAGAAUGCACGCAAUCUGACCUCGAAAGAGAACAUCCCGCUUACCAUCAGGCACUACCUCAAGCAUAUGGGAAAGCUCACCGACCAGUUCUUCGACGAGCUAGAGCGAUACAGGGAUAAGACGCGUCAACGCAUAUAUCUGAAGGACAUUGACUGCCCGCAGGUAUGGCAAGACAAACUUAAGGAACACAUCCCACCGAGCCUGUUCUACCUUAACGAGAGCACUGGCGAGAUAGGGGGACCGGGAUCCACUGAAACGGCGGGCUUUCGAAAAGGUCGCGGGAUCGCGCGCGCUGGAGAUCUCAUGAGCAGCCUGCCACCUGAUAUGCGUGCUGAGAAUCUUAUGUGCUAUAUCGGGCACGAGGGUACUUACACACCAGCACACCGAGAGAUGUGCGCAUCGCUUGGGCAAAAUAUCAUGGUGAAUGCAUCAAGUCACAUCAGCGAGGAGGGAAAGCCAGAGCGCCCUGGGUCCUCCAUCUGGUUCAUGACCGAGACGAAAGACCGCCAAGUUGUGUCUGAAUACUGGCUUUCCAUUCUGGGCCAUGAUAUUGAGGUAGAAAACCACUUUGCGCAGCUCAUCGCAUGGAAAAAGGCACCCUUCAAGACCUAUGUCGUUGAGCAACGACCUGGUGAUUUCAUUCUGAUUCCUCCGCUGGCCCCACAUCAAGUAUGGAACCGCGGCACUCGGACCAUGAAAAUCGCUUGGAAUCGAACCACCGUUGAGACUCUGGAGUAUGCCAUAUCCGAAGCACUCCCAAAUUCGCGCAUUGUCUGCCGUGACGAACAAUACAAGAACAAGGCCAUUAUCUAUUACACUCUUCUAAAGUACUCCAAUCUAAUCAAGGCCGCAAGGAGCCAGGUGGAACUUGGAGGGGAGCAAGCGGAGGCUAUCCAAACGUCCGUCAAAGUCCGACAAGUGCAACGGGACUUUAAGAGACUGUUCGAUCUUUACAAGGGGAUAGUACUCUCUGAGAUGUUUGCACCUGAUACAAAAGAGCACUGUGACUUCAUUGCUUAUGACAGUAAUGUUACCUGUGCCUACUGUCGGUCCAACAUCUUCAACCGAUUCCUGACAUGCAAAUCUUGCGUGUUGGGGCUUGGCACAGAAACGGAAGAGCCAUAUGAUGUUUGUAUGGACUGCUAUUGUAUGGGCCGAAGCUGUGCAUGUCAGUCUGGAUACACCUGGGUCGAACAGUGGAAAUGGAAGGACCUGAUCCAUAAGUACGAAGGGUGGCGCGCUCAGAUAAUUGAUAUCGACGGUCGUCUGACAGAAAAGACCCCGCUUCCCUUACAAGAGGAGCGUCGGUAUCUUGGGAAGAAGACUCUUGCCCAAGUCUGCCAAGAACAGCUGAAGAUCCGACCCUUUGUUGACAUCAAGAAUCCUCAGCCCGAGGACGAGGUAUCAGACAGGGAAGAGAUCCAAGUCAACGACGACGGAAUAGUGAAGAAGAUGGUAAAGAAGCGGUCUAAGCAGUGGCUUAGUAACCACAGAUCCUGCCAUUUUUGUUUGCAUCGCCAUCCAAAGUGGAAAAUGGCGAUGUGUUCAAAUUGCGACUUAAGCUACUGCUACGGCACCCUUUUCCGAGCCCAUGAUAUGAUGCCUUUAGCCAUCAUAGAGAAUCCUAACUGGAAGUGCCCACACUGCAGGAGAGUGUGCAAUACUGGCGCUUGUCGACGGGAUCCCCGCCAACGUCCUUAUGAGCCUAAGGGAACACUAUUAGGACAUGAUACCAAGAAAGUGGCCGAUGUGCGGUCGGUGGAAUGUCUUGUCGACUUCAGCGUGUCCAACCUCAACUGGCUGCGGGAGGAUGAGGUAAUAGGACAGAAUAGUGGCCGUCUGCAGCGUCGCCGUGAUGAAGCAGAGAGAGCGAAGCAGGACGACCCGUAUUUUGACGACCGGUUUAUGGAUGAAAGCUAUCAUCGCACGAAUCGAAACGGUAUCGAGUAUUCUCCCAUCGAGGACUCCAUGAUUGAUCCAUCCCUUGGGGGUGAUCCUCCAUACCACCCAGAUACUUCAAUGCACAACGACGAAUUCGGAACAUACUACACUGACCUCGACGUAAAUGGAGAUAUCCCCCGCUUAGGUAAGAAGCGUCUGCGAGGUGAGGAGGAGGAGGAGGAGGAGGAGGAGGAGGAGGAGGAGGGAGGUGGGGAGGAACAGAAUAUUAGACGCAUAGGCAAGCCAAGGAAGGAAAAGUACAGGAAGAAGGACGAAGCAGACCAACCUGCUCAGCCAAGGAAUGCAUCUGGGAAACAGUACCAGAAAGAAGUUCUGCGGAAGCUACUGGAGGAUGCAAAGAAAGACGGCCGGUUCUUUCUUGUCGCGGCCAGGACGAAAGGCAAAUCUAAGAUCGUUAGGCUUUCUCUUCAUAGCAGACUUCUCGCCCCUUUCAGAGACAGAGAAGCCCACGAGCGCCCCGAAGUUCUGCAAACACAUAUCAACGAUUCAACUGAUGAUGCUCAAUCGAUUCUUCAGUCCGAUGUGCUGCCUAUGAAGAGUAGCAUGGAUACAGCGGGCCCGAAGCCUAAGGCACCAAACACCUUCCGCUAUCGUGUGGAGGAAGAUGAGACAUUUAGUACCAGGAAGAGUAAUUUGGAGCCCAAUGGCCCCCCUGGAGACACCAAACGAGCUCGCAAGUCACGGUAUGAAGAGCUCACACUUGAUUCUGAUGAUGAAGAAAAUGAAGAUGAUAUAGUUGAAUAUAACCGUUCUGGCAGGGCUAAAGGACGGGCAUCAACGUGGUUAGCCCGAAAGAAUCAAGGUAGAGACGGCCUGCCCACUGAGCUCCCGGGAAACUUCAAGGAAGGAGACGUAAGUCCGAAUCGCGAGAAGAAUAAUUCUUGCAAUAGAGAGAGGAGGAAGACUAUGCCUGUUAAACCCAAAGUUCAGGUUCGACCUCGUGGCAGUCAAUCAGAGAGGACGAGCACCAGAAAUAUGUCUAGUGAAGACGACAUUCAUGAAGAAGAUAACCAAACUAAAUCUACUCUCGUUCUUACACAAUCGUCGAUUGCGGCCCUUGAGGGGCCUCGAAAGGCGGAAGAAGAGCAGGAGAGAGCAAGGAAGAAAACAAUGGGGGAACAGAAGGCGCGGGCAAUAGCGGCAGCCAGAGAAGCAGAGGAGAAUAUGAUGGCAAAAAUUGCCAUUGAAAUGGCGAAGGAAUCAGACAACGAAUCUCUCAAUCGCUUGUUCGACGACUAUGCCGCGGAAGACGAGCCUGUGAUUGAAGAGAAAGAUGCGGAACACAAAGCAUCCCCGCUCAUAGUUCGCCCUAAUCCAGCUCGAUCCGGAAACUCCAUCUUUUCGCGUUCAGGCAUAUCAGGCAAGAAGAUCAAAAUCGUCUCUGGGAACCGUCUUAAAAACGCUGCUAGAACUUCAAUCAAGACCACGACUACUACCGUCACUGCUCCUACCUCGACUUUCACUAGCAUCAAUAAGAAAAAGGCUAAUCCUAAAGCCUUGGGGCCUUCAGAUUCGUCUGAGAGUGAUAGUGAAGAUGAAAUUCCUGCGAAGGCUCCGAUUUCGAAGACUCCAGUAGGGAAACCUGUGGGACGAUCUAGCGUGAGUAGUGCAAGGGGUUUGAUUCUAGGAAGAGGGGGGGGGAGAGGACGUAGGAGACCAAGGAUGAGUGCUUAGUUGAGGAGCAAGCGUGUGAAAGGAUUCUUGAAUUCAGGCUCACUAGUAUUAUUUUACACUCAACGUUUCUCCUAACUACAGGUCCGUGAAAGUGUGUCUAGGAGAGAUGCUAUUACAAACAAGCAAGCAACAGUGUUACCGGAACUAAGCAGAACCACAGAAGGAGUGUGGAGGCUUGAGGAAGGGUAGACCGGGAACACAAUGAAUGUACCUUUAAGCUUAGGUCAGCAGGUUAUGUGGGUAUAUUGCGAAUAGAAACACCAGAUCGG